UAUGUAGGUAACUGUAAACCUCUUGCUCCAUGCUUUCCUGACAUUGUGAUCUCUUCUUUCAUAGGUACUUCGUAUUUAACAGAUAUUGUCUGGUGGGCAGGCACAAUUGCAAUGGCUGUUGGCCAGAUUGGAAACUUCCUGGCUUACACGGCGGUCCCCACAGUCCUGGUGACUCCCUUGGGUGCCCUCGGAGUGCCGUUUGGGUCCAUUUUAGCCUCUUACCUUCUGAAGGAAAAACUCAACAUCUUGGGCAAAUUGGGGUGUCUGCUAAGCUGUGCAGGUUCUGUCGUGCUGAUUAUCCACUCCCCAAAAUCUGAGAGUGUGACCACUCAGGCCGAGCUGGAAGAAAAACUGACCAACCCAGUGUUCGUCGGCUAUCUGUGCAUCGUGCUUCUCAUGCUGCUGCUGCUCAUCUUCUGGAUUGCCCCGGCCCACGGGCCCACCAACAUCAUGGUCUACAUCAGCAUCUGCUCCUUGCUGGGGAGCUUCACCGUGCCUUCCACCAAGGGCAUCGGGCUGGCAGCCCAAGACAUCUUCCACAACAACCCGUCCAGCCAGCGCGCGCUCUGCCUGUGCCUGGCGCUGCUGGCCGUGCUCGGCUGCAGCAUCAUCAUCCAGUUCAGAUACAUCAACAAGGCGCUCGAGUGCUUCGACUCCUCCGUGUUCGGGGCCAUCUACUACGUCGUGUUCACCACGCUGGUCCUGCUGGCCUCGGCCAUCCUCUUCCGGGAGUGGAGCAAUGUGGGGCUGGUGGACUUCCUGGGCAUGGCCUGUGGCUUCACCACCGUCUCCGUGGGGAUUGUCCUCAUACAGGUGUUCAAAGAGUUCAAUUUCAACCUGGGGGAAAUGAACAAAUCUAACAUGAAAACAGACUAGGAUGCAGCGGGGUUGGGUGGCUCGAGGAACAGGAGGUAAGUGUGGCUUCUAAUUUGAUGAGCUGGAGAAGAGUCCUGAAUCUGGUAUUGGAGUUGCCUGUGUAUUAAUGCGUAAGCCGCUGAACACUGGGGGGCAUUGUUCAGCACUGAGGAGGGAGUUUAGCCCUCUGCAAGAGGAAGUGCUACCUGGUUGCCCAGGAGUCAUCUCUCUCUGAUGAGAGCAAUCUCAUGUUCAUUGCCAUGAACCUGGAAGCUUUCAUGAAUUCUCUUUCCUUUUAAAGCAUUUUAAACAUUACUGAAAUAGAAAAUAAAGAUGGGCUCUUUCUGGGUAGUCUUUGGAGGGGAGCAGAUAGUCUUGUGUAGAAGAUUGCUUUGGAAAUGGGGGAAAUUCGUGUCCUGAAAUCUGACUCUGUACAGUAAAUGUGUAGUUGCAUUAUUUUGAUUUAAGCAUGUAUAACAUUCAGAUACCACAUCUAAAUAAGAGGUAUAUACAUUUGUUUUUAAUCCUCUAACAAACUCUCCCACCCUUCCCACUCCCAACACACACUCCAGGAAAUUUCAGUUGCCACUAGAGAGAGAGAGUGAAUGAAUGUGCUGCAGUGUUCCACUUGCAAGAUGACUUUCCAAUAGCUCAAAUCAAUUUCAGUGCCUUUAUCACUUGAACUAUUCACUUAAUUUGACUAUUACUGUGUGUAUGUUCUUUUAGAUAGAAUAAUGCAACCUCUUUAAUUAUACUUUAAUAUUUCACUAUUCAAAACAUAAAUGUUUAAAGCAGUUAGAAAUAAUACCUAUUUAGUUGUUGGAAGAGAGUCAAGACUAAAAGCUACAUUAGAGCAAAUUGAUCCUUUUAGCAUGUAGUUAUAGUCCAAUUAAAGACAACUGACUUAAAUAGCAUGAGGUAUUUUAUUUGCACUUAAUCUAUGUAACUGGGAUCCAGUAACAAAUAUAUUCACAUUCUCUUUUUGCAAGGCUUGUGGCCACUCAGAAGAAACAAAUUAUUUAAUUUGAUUAAUAAAGCUGUUAAAGGAGAGAGUCACUGUUUAGUAGCAUAUAGUGAAUUUCUUAAAGUACAGAAACAAGUUAAAGGACUCAGUUAAGUUAGUCUCUAUUAGGUGUUUUGCAUUUCCAAGAGAAUCUCUAGCAAAAAUAAAAUCAAUUGCAUUAUCUCAUUGUUGUUUGAGAGGACAGAGAACCCAGUCUCUCAUUACAUUUCUGAAGUGCAAAAUAACCAUUAAUUAUGCUAAUAGUUGGAUCCAUAUUCAUUUGUCUAUAGCAACCUUCCCUGUGCAUUAAUUGGGAGCAAAGCACAAAAUGAUGCAGAUAUUUUAUCCAGUGAUCACUUCAAGUGCAGUGUUUUAUCUAAAAAGGGAGCGAGGCCAAGUUGAAAGAUGGGGUUGGGUAAGGUAGGUUUGGUGAAGCAGAAAUUUACAUACAAUAUGAAGUAUGGAAUUUAGUAAUAGUCAGUGAAAAUUACUAAUGAAAACUUUUUUCAGGCAAAAAGAACAUUUUUAAAUACAAAUAAAAAAUGUCAUUCCCUAAAGAGUUGAACAAAGAGACUGAAGAAAAUAGGGCUAAGGUUAACAAAGAACAAAUUCCCUUUGUGAAUUAAAAGUGCACAUAAUGAU